UGUAAACGAAAUGCAGUGAAUGAAAUUUUUUUACCGCAAUAAGCUAUAAAUUAAACAAGCAAAAAUUUGAAAUAACCAACUUAACAAUGUCAACUACUUUAAAUAUUGUGCUUAAAAAAGCUAGUAAAAUCUACCACGAAGGAGAUAUAGUAGCGGGCGUGGUAGUGGUGGAGAGCAUCGGCGAGGUGCGGCACGAGGGUCUGGCACUGGCCGCAGAGGGUGCCGUCAGCCUGCAUCUCAGCACUAAGAACGCCGGCAUAUUUGAUGCUUUCUCUAAUAGCAUCAAGCCCAUGACUUUGAUCAACACAGUAAUGGAGCUGGCUCCCGCUGGUAAGAUUCCCCCCGGUGUGACGGAAAUCCCGUUUGAGAUGCCUCUACGUGCACGACAGCCGCUGCCGGGUGCCCCCGCCGGCUGUGGCCUACUGGAGACCUACCAUGGGGUGUUUGUCAACAUCACAUACACUCUACGGUGCAACAUGAAGAGAUCAUUUCUCAACAAACCUCUCAAUACUAGCUGCCAGUUCUUUGUGCAGUACCAUCCUCAGGAGGCGGCCCCGCGCAAGCCGGUGCGGUGCGAAAUCACGCCGGCGUCAGUGCGCCGCGGCCCCGCUCCCGGCCCGCGACCUGCCAUGCCACACUUCCAGCUCUAUGCAGAGCUCGAUUCCACAGUUUGCCCCCUCGACCGGCCUCUCACCGGGAAGAUCCGGGUGGAGGAGUGCGCGGCGGCCAUCAAGUCCAUCGAGCUGCAGCUGGUGCGCGUGGAGACGUGCGCCUGCGCGGAGGGACACGCGCGGGACGCCACCGAGAUCCAGAACAUCCAGGUGGGCGAGGGCGAGGUGCGGCGCGGGCGCGACCUGCCGCUCUACAUGGUGCUGCCGCGCCUCUUCACCUGCCCCACCACCGCCACGCCCGCCUUCAAGAUAGAGUUCGAGCUGAACAUCGCCGUCAUCUUCGAGGACGACUACGUGGUCACUGAGAACUUCCCCAUACUGCUGGUGCGCAGCAGCAAAGGCGACCUCUUCCAGACAACCCAGCGGGACAGGAGAGAGUGACGUAGGUAGCGGGGUAUACAGUACAUAAAUAUCAAGAAAAGUCAGGAAUAAAUAAAUAACAGCAAGAAUUAUUUAUAAUGAAUACAUUAGUUAUUAUACAUGCAGAUAAAC